UCCUCCUGCCACUUCCACUGCUCUCUCCAAACCAUGCAUUACUUCCUUGAGCUCUUCGUCGUGUUGGUCCUCGGCAGCGUCGCCAUGCAUGUGUCCGACCCCGGCGUAGCUUCCUCCCUUGAAUCGCUUCGGAUCGACGGCAACUUGAGCUUCCAUGACGUCUCCCUCGCCGCGAAGGACUUCGGGAACCGGUACCGGCUGUUGCCGUCGGCGGUGCUGCACCCGGGCUCGGUGUCGGACGUGGCGGCCACGGUGAGGCACGUGUUCAGGAUGGGAUCGGGGUCGAAGCUCACCGUCGCGGCCCGAGGCCACGGGCACUCGCUGCAGGGGCAGGCGCAGGCCGACGGCGGGAUCGUGGUUCGCAUGGAGAACCUGCGCGGAUGCGAGACGAAGGUGCACGACGGUGAGCAGCCGUAUGUGGACGCCUCUGGGGGGGCGUUGUGGAUCAAUGUUCUGCUUGAAUGCCUCAAGCAUGGCCUGGCGCCCAAGUCGUGGACCGACUACCUUCACCUCACCAUCGGAGGGACGCUGUCCAACGCCGGGAUCAGCGGGCAGGCGUUCCGGCACGGCCCCCAGAUCAGCAACGUCCACCAGCUGGAGAUCGUCACUGGAAAAGGCGAGCUGCUCAACUGCUCGGCCGAAGAGAACGCUGAUCUCUUCUAUGCUGCUCUCGGAGGCCUCGGCCAGUUCGGGAUCAUCACCAGAGCCAGGAUUGCGCUUGAACCUGCACCGAAGAUGGUGAAGUGGAUUAGAGUGCUGUACUCUGACUUCGCCAGCUUCACAGAGGACCAGGAGAUGCUGAUAUCAUUGAAGGAGACCUUCGACUACAUCGAAGGCUUCGUGAUCAUAAACAGGACGGGACUUCUCAACAAUUGGAGAUCAUCGUUCAACCCACAGAACCCUGUUCAAGCCAGUGAGUUCGACUCCGACGGCAGGAUCCUGUUUUGCCUGGAGAUGACGAAGAACUUCGACCAAGACAACGCCGAGAUCGUGAACCAGCAAGUCGAAGCUCUGCUGUCCAAGUUGAGGUACAUCCCGUCCACCCUCUUCCAGUCGGAGGUCUCCUACCUCGAGUUCUUGGACCGAGUUCACGUCUCCGAGGUGAAGCUGAGGUCCAAAGGCCUGUGGGAAGUCCCACACCCAUGGCUCAACCUUCUCAUACCAAGAACCAGGAUCAGAGAUUUCGCAGCACAAGUCUUCGGCAAGAUUCUCCCGGACAGCAACAACGGCCCCAUCCUCCUGUACCCACUCAACAAAUCCAAGUGGGACAACAGAACAUCGGCAGUCAUUCCAGACGAGGAGAUCUUCUACCUGGUGGCCUUCCUGUCCUCAGCACCAUCUUCCUCGGAUCACGACAGCUUGGACCGCGCGUUAAAGCAGAAUGAUAGGAUCUUGGACUUCUGCAAGCAGGCAGGCAUCAGGAUGAAGCAAUACUUGCCAUACUACACCAUGCAGGAAGAGUGGAGAGCCCAUUUCGGUGACAGAUGGGAGGAUUUUGCUCGGAGAAAAGGCGUUUACGAUCCUCUCUACAUUCUUGCGCCCGGACAAAGGAUCUUCCAGAAGGCGGUGCGGUCCUCGUGACGAUGGCCUCGGCGCAGCGCCCGCAGCUCAUCUCGUACAGGAAGAACUGCCACAGAUAGUUACUCCGAUACAAGACCUUCUUCUCAGCUUGAAACGAAGCCAUCCAUUAUGAAGACCUGCACAAAUGUGGCAUCAGCAACUUGGCAUGUAAUGAACCAUGGAUUUGCCACAAGGCAUCAGUUUCUUGCUUCAAGUAUAGAAGGGAAAGAAAACAUAUUGCAGAUGA